CUUUUCUUUUCUUUUGUUGAUUGCUGGGAGUUUUUGGGUCGCGUGAUUUGGUAUUGUUUUUGGUUUCUUUGUUGUUUUUUUAUUCCUUUUCUUUAAUUUCCAUUCUUUUCUUCGUUGUUUUUUUUUAAUUGAGUGAAUCAACACAUGCAUGAGAUCCCAAUUGAGAUAAAAGGCAACAACUCAAUUUCCUUAACCCAUGAGGAAGGGUUCUCGACCAAACAGAAAAAGGAACGGGAAUUAAUCACUUUCUUUCUACUCUUAUCUUCUGUUCCCAACACCUCAAAUAUUGAUUAUAUGAAGAAUUUCGUUCAUACAUGAGUUCAAAAUGAAGGAUUAGUGAGAAAGGGGGUUUUGGGGUUUGAGAUAGAUUUGUGACCAAAAGGGGAAAAGGAUAGAAACUGAGCAAAAUAUUGUUAGGAAUGGGUUCCAAUUUUAAUGAGAGGAAUGCAAAAACAGAUUUUUUCCCCUUGUUGCAGGUUCAUCAAAGAUUAUGGAAGAAGUAAUGAUGGAUGUGGAUGGAUAUGAUGAGCAGCAGAUUAUGCCUGAUGCCGUUCCAUUUGCUAGAAGCUAUCAACUUGAAGCAUUGGAUAAAGCAAUUCAUGAAAAUACCAUAGUGUACUUGGAGACUGGAUCUGGAAAGACUUUGAUAGCCAUCAUGCUUCUAAGAAGUUACGCUUAUCACCUCCGAAAGCCUUCUCCUUACAUUGCUGUUUUUUUGGUUCCCAAAGUUGUAUUGGUUGAACAACAAGCUAAUGCCUUGAGAAAUCACACCGAUUUGAAAGUUGGAAUGUUUUGGGGAGACAUGGGUGUCGACUGUUGGGAUGGAGAUAUGUGGAAAGGAGAGAUGGAGAAACAUGAGGUGCUUGUCAUGACUCCUGCAAUAUUACUUUCUUGCUUGAGGCAUAGCUUUAUCAAACUGAAAAUGAUAAAGGUUUUAAUAAUGGAUGAAUGCCAUCAUGCUGCCGGCAAACAUCCGUAUGCUUGUAUCAUGACUGAAUUUUAUCAUCAUCAAUUAAGAUCUGGUAUCACCGAGCUUCCUCGAAUAUUUGGUAUGACUGCAUCACCAAUUAAGUCGAAAGCUGCGAAUUCUGAAGCGACCCUGUCAAAAGAUAUUCGGAAACUAAUGACUCUAAUGCAUUCAAAGGUUUAUACAUGUGUAAGUGAUGCUGUCAUCUCACAGUUUAUACCAAUGUCUACCCCAAAAUUCCGGUAUUAUAUGGACAGUGUAAUUUCCGAUUCGCUAUUCAAAGAAUUAGCCAAAAAACUCGAUGCGUUAAAACAACAGCAUGAGCUAGACGUCACAAAUUCAGAUUUCACAAAAUCAGCUGUCGAAUCUGCACAUAAAAAAUUAUCAAAGAUUUUUAAUGCCUCAUUAUUUUGCUUGGAAGAGCUUGGUGUUUGGUUUGCUCUGAAGGCUGUGGAGUCGUUAUCUUCCAUUGAAAUUGAAACUUUCAAAUGGGGCAACUCGGGGGAUCAAAUUGUGAAAAACUUUGUUUCGGCUACUACGCUGACACUGCAAAGUCACGUACCAUCUGAUCCUCAAUGGACUAUUGGUGACGAUAUGAACUCCGAUGUAGAAAUAGGACUAUUGACCUCCAAAGUGUCCUGUCUUAUUGACUGUCUACUCGAGUACAAGGACUUAACUGAAAUGAGAUGCAUAGUUUUUGUGGAAAGGGUCAUUGCUGCUAUGGUCCUCGAGGUUCUAUUGAACACUGUGCUUCCAAAAUACAAUAGCUGGAGGACUAACUAUAUUGCAGGAAACGGUAGUAAAUUACAAAACCAGUCUAGGAAAAGUCAAAAUGAAAUUGUGGACGAAUUUCGCAUGGGAUUGGUCAACGUCAUUGUUGCGACAUCAAUUCUUGAAGAGGGGUUAGAUGUUCAAAGUUGCAAUUUGGUUAUUAGAUUUGACCCAUCUCCUACCGUGUGCAGUUUUGUACAGUCCCGAGGUCGUGCCAGAAUGCAAAAUUCAGAUUACAUAUUGAUGGUUAAGAGCGGCGAUUCAGUUACACAUUCUCGAUUAGAGAAAUACCUUGCUGGCGGGGAAAUGAUGAGGAAGAAGUCUUUGCAUUAUUCUUCCCUUCCAUGUGAGCGUCUUGAAAGUGAUCAAUUUCAUGACCAAACUUAUCGUGUUGCUACCACUGAAGCUGUUGUUAAUCUUAGUUCGAGCAUUACUUUGAUAUACUUAUAUUGCUCACGGCUCCCUUCAGAUGGGUACUUUAAACCAACUCCGAGGUGGGACAAACAGAAAGGAAUAUUGUAUCUUCCCAAGAGCUGUCCUAUACAGCCUAUUCAUGUACAAGGUGAUACAAAGUUCUUAAAGAAUAUUGCAUGCCUUGAAGCAUGCAAACAACUUCAUAAUAUUGGAGCGUUGACAGAUUAUCUCGUUCCGUCUAUUGUCGUUGAAGAAGCGGAGGUGGAGGAAUUUGGGAAUGAACCAUAUGAUGAAGAACAACCAAGUUAUAUACCAUCUGAAUUGGUGAAUCACGUGUCGAACAGUAGUAACACAAUCUACUAUUGUUAUUUAAUAGAGAUAAAACAAAAUUUUAGCUAUGAUAUCAAUGUGCAAGACAUUUUCCUUGCAACUAGAGUCAAGCUUGAUCCAGAAAUCGGAUGCAUGCAAUUUGACAUGUGUUUCGAUAAAGGUAGCUUGUCUGUAAAAUUGAAAUACAAAGGAAGCAUUAAACUCUCAUCGGAUCAGGUUCUUUUGUGUAAAAGAUUCCAAGUUAAUGUCCUUGGAAUUCUUAUGAAAUAUAAAACGGAUAAGGAAACUCUUUUAGACAAAUGUUGUUUGGAAGAUGAUCUUGAGAUUGAUUAUCUUCUUCUACCAUCUAUUGUAAUAGAUGAAACACCAGCUGUUGAUUGGUUAACCAUUAAAUCCGUACAUCCAUCUAAAAUCGGGUGUCAGCAUCAUGAAACCACUAUAUGGACCGCAAACGGUUUAGUUUGCGGUUGCAUAUUGCGAAAUGCUUUGGUUUGUACUCCACAUAAUGGCCGUACUUACAUCACCACUAAUAUAAUGGAAUUGGACGGAAACUCGCCUCUAGAAGUAGGGGAUGGUGAAGUUACUACAUACAAGAAAUACUUUGGACAGAAGCAUGGCAUUCGAUUACAUUUUGAACAUCAACGCCUACUUAAAGCAAGACACGUUUUUCCUGUAAAAAAUUAUUGUCAUGGACGCAGACAAGCGAAAGAAAGAGAUGUGAGCAACACCUUUGUAGAAUUACCUCCUGAAUUAUGCUCUAUAAUCAUGUCACCAAUUUCCAUUGAUACACUUUAUUCAUUUUUAUUUAUUCCAUCAAUCAUGCAUAGACUUGAGUCAUUGCUUGUCGCUUUUAACUUCAAAAAGAUGCAUUUGGAUCAUUGUCCGCAAAACAGGAUUCAAACAUCCAAGAUCUUGGAAGCAAUGACCACAAAGUCAUGCAAGGAGACCUUUCAUUGUAAGUCACUAGCAACACUCGGGGAUUCUUUUUUAAAAUAUGCCGUUAGUCAACAGCUUUUUAGCACGUAUCAAAAUCACCACGAGGGUCUUCUUAGUGUGAAGAGGAAGAAGAUCAUUUGUAAUGCUGCUCUUUGUAAGUUAGGUUGCGGUUCUAGAAUUCCGGGCUUCAUACGGAAUGAACCUUUUGAUCCUAAGACAUGGACCAUUCCCGGAUAUAAAUCAAGCGGUUUUAAAUUAGAAGAGACUGUUUUCAAGGGAACAAAAAUUUAUACUAGUGGAAAUAAAAAAUUGAAACGUAAAGUUGUUGCUGAUGUUGUUGAAGCACUAAUUGGUGCCUUCCUUAGCACUGGUGGUGAGACGGCUGCGUUGUUGUUUAUGGAUUGGAUUGGUAUCAAAGUGAAUUUUAAUAUUGCACUUUAUGAGAGGCAAUUCUGUACUUGUCCCGAGAAUAUAGUUAAUGUCGUCCUUCUAGAAUCCCUGUUGAAGUACUCGUUUAGGGACCGUUCUCUUUUAGUAGAAGCUAUGACACACGGUUCUUACAUGUUGCCUGACGUUCCUAGAUGCUAUCAGCGACUGGAAUAUUUAGGAGACUCGGUGCUAGAUUAUCUCAUUACUAUGCAUAUGUAUACAAAAUAUCCUGGCAUGUCACCCAGGCAGUUAACUGAUAUGAGGGCAGCCUCCGUGAAUAAUGACUGUUAUGCAAGGUCUGCCAUAAAAGUUCAUUUGCAUAAACAUGUACUUCAUACAUCUCAAGAGUUACAUAAACAUAUUGUAGCCACACUUUGUAAAUAUGACGAACUUUCUUCAUCGUCAACUUUUGGAUGGGAGUCCGAGGCAUCAUUCCCCAAGGUACUUGGAGACAUUAUAGAAUCUCUAGCUGGUGCUAUACUUGUUGAUUCAGGAUACAACAAAGAGAUUGUGUGGCAAAGCAUAAGGCCUCUUUUGGAACCCCUUGUGACACCUGAUACAUUAACAGUCCAUCCCAUAAGAGAAUUAACUGAACUGUGUCCGAAAAUGAAAUAUACUAUGGACAAGACCUUGUCUCGGAACGACGGUGUUACUAGUUGUAAAAUCGAGGUAAUUGUGGAUGGAGUAGUUCAUCAGCACGAGUACAAAGGUUCUACCAACAAGAAAACAGCCACAAGGCUAGCUUGUAAGGGUGUUUUGAAUUCCUUGCGGUUGAAGGAAACACAAGACAAGUGAUAUACAUGACUUGUGUAUAUCUUAGGAAUUAUCAAAUGUUACAAAUAAUUUAAUCACAUUUAUAAGGUAAUUACAAAACAAAUAGAUACACGACGGAAUUUUACAAUUGUAUUGAAUGUUUACAAAACUCAAAAUAAAACAAUUACAGUCUCCAAAA